AUGGAAGACUUUGAGGAGUCGAAGUCUGACUGUUAUCUGGAGUCUAAUGACCUACCACAAAUGCCGCCAUUGAUGAAGUCGAAAAGGAAUAAGCUUGACCAAACCUCUAGAGAACAUGGUCCAUCGUCCGUUCCACCAUCUUCGUGGUCAAACAUUGGCGAAGAAAACACAGAGAAAGCGUCGUGUAUGAGAUCCGCUUCGCUGGAAAACAGGGAGGACACGAGUAAUAUACCCCGUGAGUGCACCAGUAGCAUAAUUCCUGUUUCUCCUACGCCAUUGAUAAAAUGGACGAGGAACACAAUUCAUUCAUCCAGCAUUUCUAAACGUCAGCCAGUUUUCGAACAGACAUUUCGAACCGCCGAAAAGAUUGAAAGGGAUGAAGCAACGUCUAGUACACAGCCUGAAAUGGAAGACGUGGUGAACUGGACUUCAACGUUCAGCGGGUAUGAGAAACGUGCAUCGCAUGUGAUUCCACCUCUUAAGUUUGAAAUGGACGUUUCAACUUCUGCCACAGCGUCAUAUACUGGCGUUUCUGCUGGAAUGACCCCUGAAACAUGGGAGCAACCUGAUGUGUUUGGCAUGCCAGUUGAACUCAGGCGUCCUAUCGGACAAAAUGCUGACUCUUCUAAAGUUACAACUUGUAAUCAGGAUUCAGACAAGCGUUCUAAGUGUAAAGCAAUACGGAAGUGUCAUUAUUGCCAUAAGGAGUUCAAGAAAGAUUCUAAACUAUCCCAGCAUGAACGUGUUCAUACUGGAGAUCGACCAUUCAAGUGUGAUGUAUGCGGGAAGUCUUUCACUCAGUCAGGCAAUCUACGUCGUCAUCAACGUACUCACACUGGAGAGAGACCGCACAAGUGUAACACAUGUGGCACGUCGUUCACUCAAUCAUGUAGUUUACGCAGACAUGAACGUAUCCAUUCUGAAUAA